AUGGUGAACGUUGUGAUAGAUUUACGGCCAAAGGAAUGUUAUACAGAGGGACACCUGGAAGGAUCUUAUAGCUUUCCAUGGGAAAACAUAAAGGAGGAAUCCUGUGGAUUACCUCCAAGGGAUGUGGAUCUCACUGCACUUAUUGAAAAAGAGAUGGAUUUGCAUGCCGUUGAGACCUAUUUAAAUCGUUUUUGUUUUGCAUCACUUAAAGUCAAAGUGUUUGAACCAAAUGGAAAUCUUGUACGUGAAGUCCCUAAAACAACUUGUUGGUCACCAAACCUUUUUCUUUCCGAUUCGAUUCCUUUAGUAGAGUCAGCUAUUGGUGGUUAUUCUCUUGCUCUUGAUGUUGGUUCUGGAACUGGAAGGGAUAUGGUAUUUUUAGCAUCUCGAGGUUGGAACGUCAUUGGAAUUGAAAAUCGACGUCGUUUGAUUGACCAAGGAGUUGCUCUUAGUCGAAAACAUGGUGUUUCAGAACGUGUUCAUUACCUUCAUUGCGAUUUAAAGGAUCUCUAUCCUGUUAAGAAUGAAAGCGUUGAUCUCCUGCACGUUUGUCGUUUUUUACAUCGACCAUCGUUGCAAAACCUCUUGAAGCUACCCCGUAAAGAAGGGAAGGGUUAUCUUAUUUACUCCCAUUUU